GAUAUUUGUCACAGAAUAUAUUUUCUUAAAUUGGUUGAGACGCUAAGAGAAAAGUUGACAAUUUGCGAUACUCAGUUGGGGGAUGUCUAACACAUUAACAGAAGCCUCUCGUGACAUUGUUUCUUUUCUUUUCUUCUUCUUUAAUUCCCAUUUUCGUCUCCGUCAUCUUCACGGCACAGAAAUGUCCACAAAUCCAAAAGCUUACUCUAUCUUUUGUCUCUCUCUCUUUCACAUGCCUUUGUUCUUACUCUUCCUCAAGACUUAAGGUCUCGUCUUUUUCUCCUCUCACUCAUCACACUCUCUCUCGGUGCAGAUAACAACUCCGAAGCUCCUCCCUCCACAUCUCUCCGAUCUGUUUUGGAGAACUGUGAACCAUCAUAAAAUAGUGUCAGUCCAUAUCUGAGCUUUUCUAACGGCUUUUGUUGGUUCUAAUGGAGGAGAACAAACUUAACUUCGAUGCACCUCUUCUUUCAACAAGGAGUAUGAAGAAAGAAGCAGUGUCUGUCCGUAGAAACAUGCCAAAGCAGCUCAAUGAUGUUGACUCCAAAACAAGUCUUUCUGUUUCAGUUCUUGUCAAAGAUAUGGGUUUAGAUCAGGUUUCGACAUCUCCGUCUGUCCCUUCUAAAUGUCCGUUGGAGAGUUCAAAAGUUAAACAUGUUGAAGAAGAGAGUGAAGAUCAUGAUGAUGAUGAUGUCUUCUCUGAUGCUCUUGAUACAUUGUCUUUAAAGCAUAGCAUUAGUGGUGUUGGUGAGGCAUUGAAACCGCCAAGGCCAUCUGAGGAUCCUCAACCUCGGGAUUUCAUGUUGGAUCGGUUCUUACCUGCCGCGAAAUCCAUGACUGUGGAGCAACCACCUCAAUAUGCUUGGAAGCGACAACCAUUGCCCCUCAUGUCUGAACCAAUGAGACAAAUUAGAGAUAUAGUACCAGCGGAGAAUCGUGCAACUCCUACGAGGUAUGAGUCUAUGGUGUCUCCAUCUUAUUAUCAGGGUAUAUAUGAUUAUGAAGAAAGCGAGGAGGAUUCAGAUGACGAUGAGGUUUCUGAUUAUCUUUCUAAGAGAGGCUGUGGGAUGAUGUCACCACAACUUUGCUUUAAAAACUCACUCGGUAUGCUGAGCUCAGUGCAUGGUCUGAAGGAGAAACCUUACUCCAGCCAUGAUCAAGUGAAGUCAAGUAAGGUCGCUCAGCUCAAAUCUCGAUUCCAAUCAAUGAAAAAGCUCGCUCUUGAUUAUAAGCAAAAGUUGGGAAAUAUAGCUCAAUCUCCAGUACAUCCAAGUAUUGGGAAGAAGUUUAACUUUGGAUCUGAACAACUUGACUCAAACGUGACUUCUGCAAGUAGGCCGUCUUCUCCUUACAGGCAAACUGGCUGUAUGUCACCGUAUCGCAGUGUAGGAAAUAGCUCUCCUCUUCACCCUGGUUUCCCUGGAACUCGUAAGGAAGCAGAGAUUAUGAGAGCUAACAGGUUGAACAAGCAUAUAAGAAACAUAACCAAGUCUCAGGAAUUACUCUACCCAAAAAGCACAAGGAAAGACUGUUCUACAAGCUCUUCCAUAGAGAAGACAUUAUAUGUUGACACAGAGAGAUCUCCAAAGACCAGCAAUGAUCACGGUAACUCAAAUGUCAAGAACUUUCCAGAAACAAUUUCAGAGGAGCCAGAAAUGGAGGGAGAGAAACCAAAACCCAUUCUCGAGCUUCAGGCUGUAGAAACUCUUAGUGUUAGCAAUGGAAUCAAGAUGGCAAAGGCAGAUGAGUUGGAAAAGACCAACAGUAGCUGUGAUCUGUCUCCACUUGCUCCACCGCCACCAAGAAAGCCUUCUGAUUCUUGGCUUUUCAGUAGUCUGCCUUCAAUAAGCUCGAAGAUCCCUUCACGGAGAUCUCUGUUUCAUCCCCAAAAAAAGAACAUCGAAGAAAACUCCACAAGUGUUACCAAGUGGGAAACUAUUGUCAAGACUUCUUAUACGCACAGAGAUCAUAUACGCUAUUCUGAAGAACUGGUUGCUCGUUCACCUUGUCAAUCCACAACUUAACGGUUCAAAGCUUCCCAAGAUCUGACCCCCUGGAAUGGAUCGUCAGGUUGGAUUUGAUUCAGCUUGAUUACAACUUCAUUAGGCGUAAGAAACCGAGUUUCUUUUAUGACCCUUAGAACACUUAACCCGUAAUCCCUCAGAUUGAUUUACAUGUGUAGCUAUACUUCCAUAUAUGUGUGUUGCCUCCUUAGCUAAUAAGAAGAAGAUUUGUUCCCAGUA